AUGGCCUUCACUUUUCUUCGAAUAAUACUUCCUGGUUUUAUAGAUCAUUUUCUUUAUGAAGAGAAGAGCUUCUGGGGCCACUGCUAUGAAUGUAGCAGUGACCACCUUGACCUGCAGCCCUCUGUGAAAGAAAGCAAUUCCAUCCAGGUGAAAAAAGGCAGCUGGAUAAUUUACAAGAGCCUCAGUUACUCAGGACAUCAGUACUUUUUGAAGGGAGGCAAUUCUGACUUCCAGAAGUGGUUCAGUCUCUGCAACUCCAUCGGGUCUUGCCAUGUAACGCUACAAGACUUUCACUCCAGGGACAUCCAGUUUCAUAACAUACUUAAAGGAAGCUGUGUUUUAUAUGAACAGCCACACUUCCGACAGCAGUACAUCCUGAGGCCUGGCGAAUACAGGUGAUUCACCAGAUGGGGUGCCAUGACUGCCGAAGUUGAAUCCCUCGAACCAGCAGUGGAUAUUUUCUAA